AUUCAGAAUAGUAAUACUAACCGUACUCAAUAGCAAGGUCAUUUGAUUAUAUCUUGAAACAUACCUCUAGUGUAUGCGCAAUGGUUUGGUCUGUGGAAGGCGGGACUCAGGAGCGGUCAGCAGGACGUCGUAGAUCAAUGAACUGAACUGAGUUUUCUGCCUGGGUUGGACGACACUUUGGUGGGAUUAAACCCUACAACCUACGCAGUGUAGCCUAUGUCAGGUAGCCUACAGAUGUGACAACGCGACAAGGACAUUUGAAUCAGAAUCGAAAACGGAAAUACCGGAGUUUAUUUCUAACCCGGUCGAUAUGCGGAUUUUGUCCAAAUAAACCCACUGGAUUUUAAUAAACGGGUCUGCAUGUAGCUUCAUUUUUUGGGAGUAAACGAGCUUCUUUUUUUAAAUCUCGGAAUAACUGGAAUAGGCUAUCCAGGAUGAUCUUUGCAAACACUGCCAACCCGUUGAAGAGCACAUAUCGGAAGCAGUCGUACCCCAUGGCUCCAGCCAGCCCCAGCACGGUGAGCACCAGCAGCAACAGCAGCACCACAGGAUGGGACCAGCUCAGCAAAACGAACCUGUACAUCCGCGGCCUGCCUCCAGCAACCACUGACCUGGACCUAGUCAAGCUCUGCCAGCCAUACGGCAAGAUCGUAUCGGCAAAGGCCAUCCUCGAUAAAACAACUAACAAAUGUAAAGGGUAUGGGUUUGUGGACUUUGACAGCCCUGCAGCAGCCCAGAAGGCGGUCCAUGCCCUAAAGACCAGUGGGAUACAAGCCCAGAUGGCUAAGCAGCAACAGGAGCAGGACCCCACCAACCUGUACAUCUCCAACCUGCCUGUGUCUGUAGACGAGCAGGAGCUGGAGGGGCUGCUGAGGCCUUUUGGACAGGUCAUCUCCACCCGCGUCCUCAGAGACUACAGCGGGGCCAGCAGAGGCGUCGGCUUCGCCAGGAUGGAGUCCAAGGAGAUGUGUAACUCAGUCAUAGCCCACUUCAAUGGGAAGUUUAUCAAGACGGCGCCUGGAACUACGGCUCCCUCUGAGCCUCUGCUGUGUAAGUUUGCUGAUGGUCAGAGGAAGAGGCACAGCCACAGUCCCUACAUCCCCAGCGGUCGCACAUGGCCCCGAGAGGGAGAGCUCAGACUAGGCGGGAUGACUCUCACCUACGACCCCACCUCAGCUGCUAUGCAGAACGGCUAUUAUGCCUCUCCCUACACCCUAACGGCCAAUAGGAUGAUGACUCAGCAAGCCAUGUCUCCCUACAUGUCUCCUGUCACCUCCUACCAGGUACAGAAUCCUUCCUGGAUGGCCCACCAGCCUUACAUCAUGCAACACCCACAGGCUGUAAUGUCGCCCUCUGUGGACCACUCCAUGACAAUGCAGCCCACCGCCAUCAUGACACAGCAGAUGGGCCAUCUCUCAUUGGGCAGCAGUGGAGCGUAUAUUUCAGCCAACGCUGCAGUCCAGGCAGCCUAUAUGCCUCAGUACGCCCACAUGCAGCAGACAGCCGUAAGUUCCGAGUUUCUCCCUCUUCAGGAAAAUGGUUCACAGCAACAAGUGGAUUCGUCCAACAAUUCGUCUCCCUACAGUCAACAGAGCAAGUAGCGAUAAGGUGACUUCUGUGAGCAGUAAUGGAUGCUGUGGGCGCUGACUCAUGAUGUCACAGUCAUAGCCUCUCCUGAUUGGACCAGACCAGACUUCAGUAAGAACUCUUUUGCACAGCUUCAACCAAACAACUGUGUAUGAUGGAACCAACAGCAAUGAUACCAUGGUGUGUAAAACGGAAGACAGAGCUGUAAAAAUGGACAAAACCAACAAUUAUUUCCCCCCUUCAAAACAGGAAAAAAAAUGUUUUAUUUUGAUAAACGAAAAGACGUGUAUUUUUUACCACGGAUUCUCCAAGUGGAUGCAAUGGGGCAAGUAGCCUACAGCGUGAUGUUAAAAGAUGCAUGAGAUUGAUUCUUUUUUUUUGUGGAAUCUGUUGACUUAAGGAAAAAGAGAUUUCCAAUGGGUUUUAUAGGUAGUUUAUUAGCCAAGAUAUAUGAUGAAAAAAAUGUUGCUUGCAAAAAGUGUUCAUUUGGUGAGGUGUUACUGGUUUUUAUUUUUGGUCUUUAUAAGAUAUUAUCAUUCAAUUAGGCUUUUAGGGUUAAUGUCUGACAUGAUUUUCUGUAUCAGAUUAAAUAUGUAGGAUUGGCCGUUUGGCAGCUGUCAAUCAAUCUAUGAAUAGAGAACUGAUAAAGAAGCAGAUGUUUUGCCAAAUAGAUGAUGGGUUGGAUAAUGUGCCUUCCUCUAACAUCAUAAGUCAUUUUACAUAGCCUGGCAGAAUCCGAACUGAUUCCCUGACGUUUCACUGUUUCACUUCAUGGUGAUCACAGUAUUCAGCCUGGUCUAACCAGGCUACAUU